UGUCUUUGAGAUAGGAACAGAGAUAACAGAGAAUAAUGUCACAAAAAAAGUGACAACAUUGACCUGCGGCAACUAUAAUUGCCGGUGGGCUUGGUUAGUUUCACUCUAUAGCAUAGCAUUUGAAAAGCACACACUCCUCCUUCCUGGAUCUAUAUCUUUCUCGCUGUAUUCCUCUCAUUUAUGCCUACGUCUCUAACGUCAUAUCAGUGUGGACUUUAGUAUUCCAGGAAUAAUGUUGGCCCGUCACCUUCGUGUUCUCAUAAUUGUGUUCAUCGGGAUAGCAUUGAUUGGGCUCAUUUACCUCAUCAAUGCCCAAUGCAGCUGCAACCAGCAGAUAACCAAACACCAAAGCUUUGACUGCAAUCAGCAUUUAACAGAACAAGCCACCAUGAACUGCAGUCAGCAGAUAACAGAACAAGGCACCAUCAAGCAAAAAUGGAAGCAAAAGAUCUAUGGAUUGUGUUCAACACCAGGGCUGUUGUACAAGCAGCCAAAUGUGUUGGUAGGUCGGAAAGAUGUUGCUUCUGUGUCACCAUGGGCAGCUCCAAUCAUUUGGGAGGAAACCUUUGACCCCACCCUGAUCGACUCUAUCUACAAACAACUCAAUCUAACCAUAGCAACCACUGCCUUCGCUUUGGGAAAAUACACACGUUUUGUCAAAGAUUUUCUGGAGUCAGCAGAGGUACAUUAUUUCGUCGGAUUUCGAGUGCAUUUCUACUUGUUUACGGAUCAACCAGAGUCGAUUCCUGAAGUGAAAAUGGGCGAAAACCGUACUUUGACGAUUCUAAAGGUUCCAAGCUUGAGCCGAUGGCAAGACAUCAGCAUGAGCAGGAUGGAAAAGCUGGAAAAGCUAAUAGAGAAUGAACUAGCUAAUGAGGCCGACUACAUUUUUUGCCUUGACAUAGACACGAAGUUCUAUGGCCGGUGGGGUGCAGAAACUUUGGGUCGUCUGGUAGGCACGAUACAUCCUUGGCUUUUUAAUAUUCCGAGGAGUCAGUUCACAUAUGAGCGUAGACCAAAAUCUAAAGCAUAUAUUCCACUUGAGGAAGGGGAUUAUUAUUACGCCGGUGCUGUAUUUGGUGGCUCACUGGAGGCAGUACAUCAUCUCACCAAAACCUGCAGGGAGCAGCUGAGCAUCGAUGCAGCAAACUCCAUUGAGGCGGUAUGGCAAGAGGAAUCUCACUUGAACAAGUAUUUCCUUUUGAACAAACCCAGUAAACUACUCUCUCCUGAAUAUAUGUGGCGGGACAUCAAUGAAAAAGCAGCCCCAAUAAAAAUAGUUCGCUUCACUAAUGUACCUAAAAACUAUGCUGAGAUUCGUCCAAACCCGUAGCAACUGGUGGCUAUAUUCAGCUUCACAGACAUGGUGUGUUCUCACAGACUUCCAGUAAGACAUUGUGAAUCUGUUAACAGGUAACAUGGGCAGCAGAGGAGACGACUUCUCUGAAAUGGAUAAUACACAUUUUUAUGAACACAAUGCGGAAUCGGAAACAAUAUUUGCCCAAAUCUUUUUAAAGAACACACUUAAAAAUAUCUUAUAUAAAUACAAAUAAAAAAUCUCAAAAGAGCUUUUUUAGCACUUUUUUAGAAGUGCUAUUUUACAAAAAACUUUUUCAUUAUCUAAAUAAUGUUUUUGCUAAAGUGGGUCAUGCUCUCAAGUUGUUCAGCAAUGAUGUCACAGGCACGUUUCGUAAUAAUAAUAAAAUUUCAUAACGGGUGACUCGACCUACUCAUCAUUCAUUUUCAAUCACUUGAUGGAGAAACAACUUAGGACUUGAAAGUCUUUACUCUUCCUGAUAAAAAGACAACGUCUCAUAUAACUUCCAUGAUAUCUAUAAAUAGUUAUCACAUUUUUUGCAAUACUGUUUAAUCUAACUGCAAUUAAUCUGCAUCGCAAUUUGUAUGUGCUCCACUGAAAAUCCUUAGUUUGUUUUUUACUUUUAGGAAGAGAGCUGAGCGAGGAAUUUUAGGAAGCUAUAAGGUCUGAAAUGUAUGGAAAACUUCUCGUUUCUCAUAAUAAUGUGAAAAUAUACACACACAAACUGUAUAAAUACAUAACACAAUGUCAAACAUCACUGCCACUGUUUUCAUAAAAACGUAUUAACCACAAAAAUGGAGUUUAGGGAAAAUACAUACAUGCCACCAGUCCGCUUCAGGUUGAAGGUGUGAUUUUCUGAAUUUGUCAGACCACCAUGAAUGAAGUAAUCAUUUCACUGGUGAUGCUCCAAUGCAUGCAAGACAUCUAAACAACCUCUGCAAUACCCGAACUCUAAUGACAUUGGUGAUAUGUUUGAUGAAAAGUAGCGGAUAUAAUGAACAGAAAGAGAUUAAAAAUCUGUAGCUCA